AUGGACCAAAGGAUAGACAUACAAAUGAACUAAGAUCUCGUAGGGUUUUAAUUCUUUUAAAAUGCUACUUUUAAUCUAGACUAAUAUCAAAGAGAGUAAAACCAAACUUAUCUGGUAUACAUUGCUUAGUUUUACUAUCAAGAUCCUAAUAGUAAUAUUCUUCAAACUCUAUAUCUUGAUGUGAUUUAAUGCUCUAACCCUUAAUUAGCUGGCUUUUAUUGUUUGGAUUUUUCUAAAAUUGAUAACUAUACUCUAGCUCUCGACAAUUCUAACAAUGUUUUUUCAUAGAUAUUUAUUAAUGUUUACGGUUGUAGAGAUAUAGAUGGUAUAAAAACAACAAUUCCAAACAACUGCGCUCCUUAAAGUGAUAUAGAUUAAUUUGUUAAUGGAAUAGAUGCUUAUUUCAAUUUGAAGAUUUAGUGUAUAAUAAACAUUUUAAAGACCUAAAAACAAUAAACUUAAGUGAGUAAAGGGUUAGUUUUUUAAAGCUAAGAAACUUACUAAUCCCCUAUUUAAUAUACUUAAUCUUCCUAAAAUUUUGAUAGAUAAGAUUCUUUAAUUUAAGGACUUGGACCAUAUACAUAAGCUUCUAUUGAAUUAGAUGAAAUUGAGCAGUAAUUUAUAAUUGAAUAUCCUUCCAUCACUGAAAUUCUGGCUCUUGUUAAUGGUGUUUCAUCUAUCAUUGUAGUUUCAAGAAUUUUAGGAAGAUUUUACUCACUUAAACUUCUAAAACAAGAGUUUUUUAUGCUAAUUUUUAGAAAUAUGUUUCAAGAAAAAAAUGAAUAAAUACUUCACCAUAAUAAAAUUUUAGAAUAGAAAUACGAUACACAAUUCUUAAACACUUGUAAGAAGGAUGAAGAGGUAAUUAAAGACAGCUAAGAGAAAGUGAAAAAAAAAGAUAUUGUUAUCCCUAAUAUAAAAACAAAAUUUAAAGCUUUUGUAGAGCAGAACUAAAUCAAUAUUGAGAACAAAAGUAUUUAGCUUAAUUUGCAAAAAUAAAAUGAUUAGGAAAACGAUAAUUAAAAAGAUGAUAUUUUCUUCAUAGGUAGCUAAACAGAGAGUUUUGUUUUAAAAGAUUAAUAUAACAGAUAAAAUAGCUCACCAAAUACAUUUAAUAAUAGAAAUGAGCAAUUCUAAAUUACCUAAUAGCUUAAUAAUAAGGACUCUUAAUAAAAAUUUAGAAAUUCUAACUUUAAAAGCAAUAUUCAAUCUUUAAAAAAUGAAUCUAAAUUUAAUUCUUAAAAUACAAUUACUUUAUCUAAAACUGAAAAUUUUGGAGCUCUAAACGAUCAUAUUUAGUAAAAGCUGAAGGCAUUAAACAACAACUCUAUGAAAAGCUAUAUAUAAAGCUUUAUAUUUAGAUUUAAAUUAUUUAAAACAAAAGAAUUCCUACUAUCUAAGGGUAUUGAUUAAAUGUAAUUAAAAAAGAUAAGUAAAGAAGUUUAAAAGAGUUUAAAUAUUUAUGAGAUGUUUAAAGACAUUAUCUUUUUGAAAAAAGCAAUUAUGAUGCUGUUAAGCGAGGAUUAGUUAGCUGCAAUUUAGCUUGUAAGUCUAACUGAUGAUUAUUUGAACUCAAAUAAUUUAGAAAAAUCGAUGAAAUUAAAUCACUUUGAAAGACAGUAUUCGAUAUACUAAUCUUAAGUAUUAUAAAAGAAAUACAUUGAUACAUUCUUUUAAAAAUAUAAUGAUUCCAAAGAAAGCAAUUAAAUUGAUUAACGAAUAAUCUCUUCAAUUAUCAAAUAAUAAUGA